AUGGAAUCCAACCAAACAUACCCCACGGUGACAGGGCCGCUGUCCCCGUCCGAAACAGCGAUGUUGGAGGUGCUUGUUCCCGGUUAUGGCUUUAUAUCACGUAUUUUGAUGUCAUACCUCAAUAUCGACAUCAAUGCCUACAUCCAACUAGUGGUCGCAAUGGCCGUCUUCGCCGCAAGUUUCCGAUACAUUUACAACCAAGCCUCAGCACGCUUCAGUCAAUAUUUUGUAUCAAGAGCCGAAAUCCGCCUUGAUGAUGAGAUUUUCAACUACCUGAUGUAUUGGAUCUCACGCCAAUCCCACAUGAAACAAACGAAUCGGUUUGUGGCAGGCAUCAAAAGCAACGGAUACUGGAGUGACGACGAAGAGUCAGAUGCCGGCGACGAAAAUGAAUGGGACAAGCUAGACGAUGACGGAAAGCUUGCCUCAUUUGAUGAAUGCUGGGAAAAGGUGCUCAGCCGCGACAAGUACAAGACUCUCCGUUUCACCCCAGCACAGGGCUGCCACUACUUCUGGUACCGCAACCGGCCCCUCAUGCUGGAGCGACAACGCCAGGAAGGGAGCGCACGCUGGGUACUGAACAACGAGCGACUCUACCUAUCAUGUUUCGGUCGGGACCCUACCAUCCUGAAGAUGUUGCUGGCGGAAGCGCAGCAAGCAUAUGUCGAGCGCGAUGGGAACCUCACUGUCAUUUAUCGUGGUCAACGACCAUGUGCCACCUCUCCAUAUGAUUGGUAUCGGGGCAUGGCUCGGCUACCGCGUCCUCUUUCGACUGUUAUCCUAGACCAGGAACAGAAACAGUCCUUUAUUGAUGAUAUCAAGGAGUACCUGCACCCUCGUACCCGUCGCUGGUAUUCUAACCGUGGUAUCCCAUACCGACGUGGAUACCUCUUCCAUGGUCCCCCUGGAACUGGCAAGACGAGUCUGUGUUUUGCUGCAGCAGGCCUGUUGGGGUUGAAGCUUUACCUGCUUAAUCUCAAUUCCACAGCUUUGGACGAGGACGGUCUCGCGUCUCUAUUUGCAGUCCUGCCGCGGCGGUGCAUUGUGCUUCUUGAAGAUAUUGACGCGGCGGGGAUUACCAACACUCGGGGCAAGACUAUUGUUUCAACCCCGGAGCCCACAAUCGACGAGAUCAUCCCAGGUGAGGCAGAUGGUGAAGCUGACGCGACUGUUGUCCCCGAUGCAUCUGCCAAAGGCGGCGUCACACUCUCAGGUCUUCUGAACGUCAUUGAUGGUGUUGCUGCGAGCGAGGGCCGGAUCCUCGUGAUGACCACGAACCACGCCGACAAGUUGGACCCAGCUCUUCUCCGACCUGGUCGUGUUGAUAUGACCAUCAACUUUGGAUACACCAGUGAAGCGGACAUCAAGGAGAUGUUCAUUUCUAUAUACAACACAACGAAAAAUGAUAUCCGGCGUGCGAAGAGACCACGAACGGCCAGCAAUGGCUCUGCCAAGUCUUCAGCCAAGUCUAUCACUGGGGAGAGAAGGAACUCUGAAGACUCCCAGGUUGGGGAUAAGGAGGAUCCAUUGCAGGACGCUCUUCAAUCCCAUCAAUCGCGCAUUUCACGCCUUGCUGACGAAUUUGCCGCUAUUGUUCCCAGUGGAGAAUUGACUGCUGCUGAGAUCCAGGGUUAUCUUCUUAACCAUAAGGACAUUCCUGAAGUGGCGAUUCAGGGUGCACCGGAAUGGAUGCAAAGCACAUUGGAGAAGAAGCGUGCGAGAGAGGAGAAGGAGAAGUUUUCUUAG